AUGGACGGGACAAUGAUAGGACCACACCUCCUCAUUGCCACUUGGGCAUCAUUCAAUGGAUUGAAAAAAAAUGUUGAUUUCGCUAAACGAAAUGUGAACUCAAAGAGAUCCUUAGAUUAUUUUUUGGAGCUGAUGAAAGUGCCUCGAGUGGAAUCAAAAUUAAGAGUUUUUGCUUUCAAGAUUCAGUACGGUUGUCAGAUUACAGAGUUUAAGAGGAGUUUAAACACGGUGAACUCUGCCUGUGAAGAGGUCCGCAAUUCGCUAAAACUGAAGGAGAUUAUGAAGAAAAUUCUUUAUUUGGGUAAUACAUUAAAUCAAGGAACAGCAAGGGGAUCUGCUGUUGGAUUCAAGUUGGAAAGUCUUUUAAAGCUCACUGAUACUCGUGCUUCUAACAGUAGAAUGACACUGAUGCAUUAUCUUUGCAAGGUCCUAGCCGAAAAGUCUCCUGGACUCCUUGAUUUUCACCUGGGCCUUGUUAGCUUGGAAACAGCCACUAAGGUGAUUUUUUGGGUUUUGUGGUGCAUAAAAAGGGCAUUGAGAUCAACAAAAAUAAAGCUAAAGCCAUUCUCGAUACGAGUCCACCAACCAGCAAAAAGCAACUGCAAUCGUUACUGGGGAAGAUUAACUUCCUGAGGAGAUUCAUUACCAACCUCAGCGAGAAGACCAAGUCAUUUUCCUCGCUUCUUCGACUGAAGAAGGAAGAUGUGUUCCGCUGGGAAGCAGAGCACCAAAAGGCAUUUGAUGAACUCAAAGAGUACCUGUCCAACCCACCUGUGAUGGUAUCGCCCGUAAGAGGGAGGCCAAUGAAGCUGUAUAUCUCUGCCACAGAUGAAACCAUUGGAAGCAUGCUGGCUCAAGAAGAUGAAGAUGGCAACGAAAGGGCCAUAUUUUACAUAAGUAGGGUGUUGAAUGGCGC